ACGGAGUCUCACGUCCGGUCCACGAGCCUGAAUACGGCUUGUGUUCCUUAGUCCAGGGUUUCCAGGUUCAGAGGUCUGAUCCACCUAAAGGAUUCAUGAUGAGUGUGGAUCAAAAAUGGUGCAGUUCGCCUCGUUGACCUUGUGCAAUGCAGAAAUUUCCACGAACGCGCAGAUCUCCACGAACACGUAUGUGGCCUUGCGAUGCUCGUUCGGUGUAAAUUGACAGCAUGGAGGCGAUCGAAGAGUAGUACAUCGAAUCUCGGCUGGCUAUGGUAGCAGGUACAUCUAUGCAGGGGCCGUAUCGUAAGCGAAUACGCAAGGGUUUUUACAAACGAAGACGGUGGAAAUGACAGCAAUUUUCACAUCUUUAGGUUUUAUGAACGCAAAUAUCUGAAAGACUUAACUAGGUCAACUGACCUUUCAUCGACGAUACAGCGGAGACUACCUUGGAAGAUCGGAUCUUUAUUGGGAUCCUCAUGUUCAAAUGAAGAACCUGUGGGCUCAAAAGUACAGUCUCUUUUGUGUUCGAUGAAAUGCCCAUGUCGCCCUCAUAUUCGGCAGAAAUCCGGGCUGUUGAUGAUCGGCUCUUCUCCUGCUGCUCUAGUACAUAUUUCGACGUCCUCGGCUGACAGAAGCUCCGAGUAUGGAUCAAGAAGGUGGGCGCAAUUAAGACUUGCUUUUCCUGCGCUGUUUAUAGUGAACAUAUGUGCGCACUGCAAGUUCGCCUGCUUGGCCGUUCGAUCAUAUCUUCACGCACGAGAGAGAGAUUCGACGUAAAGUCAAUACAGUUUACUUGAAUCCGGUAAGUUCAUUGGUUUCAUG